AUGAAAGGAAUGAGAUCCGCAGUCAAGUGGCCUGGUAAGCUCAAUCCCGAGGCAAGGAGAGACACAACCAAGUGGUGCGAAUUCCACAACGAUCACGGGCACAACACCGCAGACUGCAUCGCCUUGCGGCUCGAGGUUGCCACACUUCUGAAGAGGGGACAUCUCCGUGAUCUACUCACUGACAAGGGGAAGAACAUCAUUAGCCAGAAAAGCUCCAAACAACAGUCGCCCCCUCCGCGAGAACCCACACCGAAGGGUUUCUGCUCGCUAGUCUCUGGAGGAUCAGAAAUCAGUGGGGUAAGUUACCCGUCAGCAAAGCGGCAUGCUAGAACCAACCAUCAUGAAGUCCAGUCCAUCCACCCGGUCUCGAGGUCAUACUCCCAUCAGGUAAUUCAGUUCGAGGAUGACGAACCGGUCACCCUAGCUGCCCCUCACCACGACGCUUUAGUCCUCUCCCUGCAAAUAGCCAACAUCCUAGUGAAAAGAGUGUUCGUAGAUGGGGGUUCGUUAGCAAAUAUCCUAUUCCUCGAAGCAGUCAAAGCAAUGGGGCUGGAAGAAGCAAAUACCAACAGGUGA